AUGCGUCUGCCUUACGUAUUACUGUUAGCGGUAAGUAUUGCUAUCUUUUCGUGUACUGCUGCUGCAUCUGAACAAGAAGCUGCUGUCACGCUGCAAGCUAAACGCUGGGGCUCACUGCACCCCGCCACUGCCCCUGGAUAUCGUGACACGUCUGGCAGAAGGCUCUUAAGGUCUGAUGACAGUCUCCCGAUAGUUGACGACGACGACGUCAACACUGAAGAGAGAGGCAUCGCAUCAUUUACCAAGAUAAACGAGAUGAUCAAGAAAGGAAAAUCGGCAGUGAGCGCCAAAGCGAGCAACAAGAUGCUGUGGCUCAAGUAUCAAAAGUUGCUCGGUCAAAAGCUUUCGGACUUGGACAUCACCGGAGUUUGGCUAAAGCAAGGAAAAUCUGCGGAUACCAUAUUCGAACGCUGGAUUCGACUUUCGAAGUCACCGAGACAAGCGGCCACAAACUUGCUGAACCAUGGUACAACUGCGAACGAUCUUUACAAGGUCUUGAGAAAGCAAAACAUGAACCUGGAAACGAUCAGACCACUUUGGCACAAAGUUGGACUGACCGAGCUUCAACUCCGUGCCGCCCGUGCCAAGGCUAUUAAUAGCGUUUUGUGA